AUGCCGAAGGUCGUCAUCAUCAACGACACUCAAGUACCGCUCAAUAUCUGCUUGAAGCAGGUGUCUCCUCUCCACUAUGCCAACAAGGUGCCACCCAACGGCGGACGCGCCACCAUGCACACCGGUCGCGUAUGGUUCACCAUCCAGGCGCGCAUAGAUCGCGGUGACAACGGGUACGACAAGUUUCAGACGUACGCUCCUAUCGCAGCCAUCACCAUCGGCGCUGUGUCUCUCGGUGCCGGCGCCAUCUACUUUGCUGGUGCAGCCGCUGCCGCCGGCGGAGCCGCUGCUGCUGCUUCCGCUGUGGCCGCGAGGAUCACUGCCGUGGUUGCAACGCACACUCCCACGGCGAAACGUUUGCUCAAGUAUGCAUCCAAGGGUCAGACGGUAGCGAAGAUCGGUCAGGUGGUGGGGAUCGGUGGAGGUGCAUUGGCAGGCGCAAAGGGUGCGAACGGAAAGCCGAAACCCGUCGAUCAGCAGUUGAAGGAUAAAGCUGCGCAGGCGUCCAAGUCAGCACUGCAGAAGCUGCUGCAGGGAAGUGUGCUGAGUUCGGCCGGUUGGUACAUCGAUCGUGAUCGUACGAUUCGCAUCACCGGCGGUCCGAAGGCGACCAUCACAGAUGCAGGGCUGCUCGUCAUCGAAACCGAUACAACGGUGCCAUUCACGCUGGUAGACGAGACGGGCAAGACGGUCGCAGUGGGCAACCAGGCUCCGGGCGAUCCGGUUCCGGCGUCUGUAGCCGCCCCGGCGGAUGGGUUGGAUCAUACCGAGGACGCAGCGAAGCUCAAUACGCCACCGGGCGCAUCGGUUGCUAUGGGCAUCGGGUCGGCGACUGCCGCUGCGGCGGGGCCGGGAGGUGCCCCCGUGCUGCAGGCAGAAGGUCGAACGCAGAAGAAGAAGAAGGAUGGCUUCUGGAUGCGCACGCUCAAAGGCGAUGACGGAUUCUAG